CAAGGUAGUUGUCACGUGACCUACGUGAGUACAAUAAGAAGGUUGGUGCUAACGAAAAAAUGGCAUAAUAUCUAACUGGGGACAUCGACAACUAAGUCGUUGAAGACAGUGUUUCUUCUUCAGAAUUUAUUCGGAAUAAUUUGACUUUGCGUUUCAAAGGAUACAAGCAAACAGACGACUGUACACAGGUCGGAAAUCGACACAUAAUAAUCAUGCUUCCAUCUUUGGAAAGAGUAUUUGCCGGGCUCAUAAUGAUAUGCCUACACUACAGCCUCGCAAACGAUGUGUUGUCUGAUACUGCAUCUAUGCAAGAUGAUCUACAAGACAUGGACAAACGAAGACUUGAUUCAAUUGCUUCUCAUGGACUAAGUGGCUUUAAUAAACGCAGAUUCGACAGCAUUGCUGAUUACCGAGGCUUUUCAGGAUUUGCUGACAAACGACCAUUUGAUUCGUUAUACCGUGGCCGACUUAACGGAUUUGCCAAGCGUACCUUUGACUCAAUACAAGACGGCGGUCUCCGUAGCUUCGCAAAACGACGACUUGACAGCAUAGGUGGAAACUAUGGCGGUCUCUCUGGGUUCGCUAAGAAAUCUUUGGAUUCAAUCGGUCAAGGUGGACUCAGUGGAUUCGUCAAGCGCCCAAUGGAUUCAAUAAACCGUGGAGGAUUUAGUGGCUUUGUUAAACGCCCGAUGGAUUCCAUCUACAGAGGAGGUCUCAAUGGAUUUGUGAAGCGACGACUCGACUCAAUCGGAAGCAGUGGCCUGAGUGGUUUUGUAAAACGUAAUGAAGACAGCGUCGAUGGAGAGGUUACAGAUUAAAAGUUAAACAAUUAAGUUCAAAUCAUCAGCUAUUAAUUUUUAAAUAAAAAUGAAUUUGAAAAGAUUAAUUAUAUUUGACAUACCGUAUUUUUGUAAGAAUAAACAUUGUGUAUCACAAAAAAUACAUGUGCAAUUAUUUUGAACAAAUAUUUAUGCAUUCAUCUUUUAGUUUGAUUUUAAAUUUAUUUCUUUUAAAUCUAUAGAAACAUUUUCAUAAACAUCGUAAUAAAGAUCGUUUUAACAUAUGCCAA